AUGGAGGGGCUGUCUGUCAACCAGUCGUUUCCCAUGCUCCAAAUAAACAAGCCACCAUAACCAUAAAUCCUUUUCAGAUACAGUCAAUACUUUGCUUUCGAAAAUCUCAUCUUGCCGUAUAUAAGGUCUAAUAUAUUAAAGCACUAACACUCGUUCCGAUAUCAGCGCCAUGGGUUCCCACCCUCCUUCUGUAUCUGUAACGCAUCUUUCCUACACAUUCCCAAACUUCGCAACUGGGCUCUACCACGUCUCGCUGAACCUGCCUCCAGGGUCGCGGACUUUGCUCAUUGGACAUAACGGGAGUGGUAAAACCACCUUGCUAAGACUCCUCUCUGGCAAGCGCCUUGCACCGCCCGGCACUGUCAAAAUCGGCGGCUUGGAUCCCUUCAAAGAACAUACCGACGGCGUCACCUACCUCGGCUUGGAAUGGGUCCUAAACCCGAUUGUGCGCACCGACAUUGGUGUCAACGAGCUCCUCAAGAGUGUGGGCGGAGACCAUUACCCGGAUCGCCGCGACGAGUUGAUUAGCGUCCUGGAUCUUGAUACAGAGUGGCGCAUGCAUGCUGUCUCUGAUGGCGAGAGGCGCCGUGUUCAACUUGCCAUGGGCCUGAUCCGGCCAUGGCGCAUUCUGCUUCUGGACGAGAUUACAGUCGACCUGGACCUGCUCACUCGGAGCAACUUCCUCGGCUUCCUCAAGAGGGAGACGGAGAUAAGAGAGUGCACGAUCGUGUAUGCCACGCAUAUCUUGGACAACCUAGCGGAGUGGCCUACUCAUCUAGUGCACAUGAGCGGUGGAAAGGUCAAGGACUGGGGUCCAGUCGAGAAGUUCGAAAUCGAGCGGACGACAGCGAAUACAGGGAACAGCAGAUUAGGAGAGCUAGUCUUGAGAUGGCUGAAGGAUGAUUUGAAGGCGAGGGGACCUCGGAAAAACCAAGGCAGCGAAGGUACGGCUUACAUGCAAAGUGGCAUGGGGGGAUAUGGAGCAGAGAAGUACAAAGAUAAGGAGUAGGCGACAGACCCGUCAGAGAAGCCAAAAUAAAGCUGGCCGUAUAUUUCGGGUACGAUGCAAUGUAUAGGGGGUGGUAUUGGCUUGCAUAAGAUGCAUUAUACGAGCAGACUUCGAAGGCUCAACAUCGAACGGGACUCGGAGUUUCAACAUUAAGCAGUGUAUAGAGUUCAACACUGAGCAUGACAUGGAGUUCAACAUAGGGUAUGGCAGGGAGCUUAACAUCGGGCUGGGCCAGGAGUUCAACAUAGAGCCAUUAUUGGCCAUUUAGCGCAUAGCAACAGCGUUGAUACUUUCUUCUCGGGCUGGGGUAUUCCGAUCAUUCUGUGGCUAUUUGCCCUUGCAGAUAACUCAGAUGAACAUUUCAAAAUUUCAUAACAAUUACGGUCAUGGGAAAAUUAGGACCUCCAGUGUAUGCGUAGUUGGGGGCUUUCGUUGAGUCUCUAUUUUUAUUCUAUGGGCCUAUCAAGGCGACGCCGAUAACAACCUUCCCAACGACAAGACUCUGAGUGAACAGUCCUCGCUCGCCACUGCCAAUUCGAAUUCCUCCUCCUUGAUAUCUGUAGUUUCGCUCACGGGCUUCCACGAGAGUUGAGUAAUUGCCUUCGCAGGACAUAGACUGCUUUCAAUUAGUUCCAUGCUCAUAUUACUUAGGUGGAUGUCAUACCUUGCGUUCACAUUGACCUUCUUCACUACCGUUAGGUCCGUUAGGCUUAUUAAAUA